AUGGUGGGUAUUCCGAACCGGCCAGUAUCAAAGCCGACGACUACUGAGCCCGCUUCAGACACGACUGAAUACCCGGCUUACGAGCCCGCUGAAUACCCGACCGAACACCCGACUGCAGAAGCCACUGUAACUACGACAGAAGAACCCACUGAUCACACGACUGAAGAGCUCGUUGAUAACACCACCGAAGAACCCACUACGACCGAAGAACCCGCUGAUCAUACGAAUGAAGAACGCGCUGAUCAGACAACCGAAGAACCCACUAAGACCGAAGAACCCGCUGGUCAUACGACCACAAAACCCGCUGUUCACACGACUGAAGAAACCGCUGAUCACACCACCGAAGAACCCACUACGACCGAAGACCCCGCUGAUGAGACGGCCGAAGAACCCACUACGACUGAAGAGACCACUGAUCACACCACCGAAGAACCCACUACGACUGAAGAACCCGCUGAUCAGACGACCGAAGAGCCCACUACAACCGAAGAACCCGCUGAUCACACCACCGAAGAACCCACUACGACCAAAGACCCCGCUGAUCAGACGACCGAAGAACCCACUACGACUGAAGAACCCGCUGAUCACACCACCGAAGAACCCACUACGACCGAAGAACCCGCUGAUCACACCACCAAAGAACCCACUACCAGCCUGGUCUGCUACAGUGAUAAUCAUUGUUCAAAAGACUUGAUGUGCAAUUUGGACAUUAAAGAGUGUGUUGAAGUUGUUCACUGUGAAACUUAUCACGACUGCCCUCCCGGUAACUUUUGUCCCUCGGUUUCAAAAAUCUGUAUACCUUUCGGCGAUGACACUGUGCUGCCGGAGCCAACAAACCCAGACGAGCCUCUUGCAUGCAAAUGGGACUUCAAUUGUCCAAAAGGCUUUUACUGCGAUUUGCGCGUCGCUCAAUGUACGAAAAUUAACAAAUGCGAAAGCAGUCUCGACUGUGAAGAUGACGAAUUCUGCAACUCGUAUCUUAAGAUUUGCUUGUCAUUAAAUUAA